GAUCAUCGCAGCUUCUCUUCAUCCGCGCCAGUGUUUUUCAUUUGUUACAAACAUUUUUGGCUGUUUCGUAAUUCCCGCCAAUAAUUAUUUAAAACAUCUCCGACGGAAAAAAACAAAAUGUUGUGCGAUCAGCAAAUGGCGACGUCGUUUAGUGUCCGGGAUAUUUUGGAAUUCGACGACGGUGAUGGAAUGAUCGGCAACGAAGUCAGUCCGGGACCCAUAGCGACCGCCACCGCAACAACCGAUCCGCUGUUGCUCGAGCCGAUCAUGGUGGCCAAUCCGUCGGAUGCGACGGCCAAUGCCGCCGGUUACUACGCCAAUUACUGGCUGGAGAACAACGGUAACAACAACAACAUGAUGGCCGAUAACCGGAUGAUGAUGCCGAUGGAAGAACAGCAAAACGCUCCGACUUACAUUGCCUUACAACAACACGGACACCAUCACAUCCAGCCGCUUCCGCACCAACAACAACAACACCCAGCUAUUGAUCCAGCCCAUUACGAUUAUUCGUACAACUACAUGAGUUACGACUGUCCAGCAGUGGCGGAAGAAUUCAGUCGGUUCAGAGAAGAAGACGAAACUAAAUUGGCCGCCACUCAGCAGAGAAUCAAUCCAGCAGUUAGCAGACCUCUGACGACUUCUCACCACGUCCAGCAGCUCUCCCACCUCUGCCCGCCGUUUUCGGAGCAGGACGUCGGAUGCGGAAAUUCAAUGGAAAUCGCCACCAACAAAAUCAAAUCCAACCGAAUCCUAGCGGCUAAACCGGAAAACAAUUUCAGUAAAAAGGGAAGCGCAGGUAGCGAAUCAAUUAGCGCAAAUCAAAGAACAAAGCGCCUGAAGCGCAAACCUCGAGUUCUGUUUUCUCAGGCCCAGGUGUAUGAACUGGAGCGGAGAUUCAAGCAACAACGUUACCUAUCGGCGCCAGAGCGCGAACACCUUUCUUUGGUGCUCAAAUUAACACCCACUCAGGUCAAGAUUUGGUUCCAGAACCGCCGCUAUAAAUGUAAACGUCAGUUAAGCGACAAGCCGUUAGACUCGUCCAAUAGCAUCGCAACAUCACCGGAACCCGGAACGGCUACUACGCCAAUCCGGAAGAUGGCUGAAGACUCGAUGAUAUCUUCGUCUGGCGUAGUUGGCACUCCAUCCGAAGCGGAAGAAUCCAUUUUGUACCAGCACUCAGCAAACGAUCCUCUCCAGCAACAACAACAACACCCGGUGCUUCCACCUUACUCCACCUUGUACAACCACCAACAGCAUCCAUCGUCUUCUGCGUACAGUAAUAACGUGCCGUCGUCUUACCAUCACCAUCAAGACAUGGGUUAUUCCGGAGCACCUGCCGAAUCCGCUGGCUAUUACCUGAUGGGCGGCGGCAAUGCCGGAAAUAGCGGAGUUGUAGCUGGCCAGAAUUUCCACCAGCACAGUUUCUCUUCGAGUGUUCGAGCGUGGUAAACCGGAUAAAAAAAAAGCUGCAGUAUAUACAUACGUACUUAAUAAUCACAUGAAUAUAUAAUUAAUCAAUAAUUCUGUCAAU